AUGUUGAGAGGCGUCACAAAAGUAUUCCCAGGUGUUCGAGAAUUGGAACUGCUGGGCUGCCGGGUGGAUGACAGUGAAUUGCAGGGAGUCCUGCAGGCAACAUCGGGUCUUCAAUCACUGGACUUGUCAGGGUGUACUAAGUUGUCCCCCACAGUAGGGAAGGUCCUUUUUGGAGAUGGCGCCACAACGAACACCACUGUGUCUGACUGCAGCCAGCUGGAAUUAAAAGAUGGGAAGCUUUGGGGAACAGGGCCCUCCCGGGAUGCUGCAAAGCUGAAGCUUGUCAAUCUUCAAAGGUGUUUCCAAGUCACAGAUGUGGCACUCACAGAUGCGCUGAAAUGCGCAAACAGUGUGCAUUCAGAGCUACACUGUGUGCUGUUCAGCCAGCUCAACCUGUUGGAUUGGAUAUCAAGAAUGGAACAUGUUGAGAAACCAUUCUUUGAGCAGCUCGUGGCUGACGUCCUUGGACCUGAAGAGGAGCAGAUGGUGCAUGACUUGGUCACUGGGAGAGCCCAUUGUGUUGGUGGGGGAAAACUGGCACUGAAGUGGCAGAGUUUCUUUGCCUCCUGCAGUCUGCGGAUUCUGGCACUGAACAACUGUGGCUGGGUGAACCACCGAGCAUUUGAGGCUAUUGCAACAUGUUGUCCAAACUUGUCUGUUCUCUGCCUUGGGGGAACCUUUGUCGACAGCAGCCUGCCAGAGCAGAGCAUUGGGGAGGAAAUUUCCGACUACGAUGCCAUUCACAGAGAAAGUGCGCAGGCAGUGGCGAACUCUGGCAUUGAUCUUGACAAUUCCACAAGUGCGGUGUGUCUUCAGCUGUUGACCCUUCUGCAGUGCCUUCCAAGGCUGUAUCUUUUGGAUAUCACGUUUUUCCCUCCCGGCACUGGCGCUCUCCUGAAGAACACUUUGUCUAGCGAGGUUGUGAGACUGCCGUUCCCGCAGAGUGAGGCGCUGGAGGUGCUCGAUUUGUCCUCCACAACUGCAGCUCGGAGGGCUCUAGAUCUAAAGCAUGAGAUGGAGCAGAAACAUGCUGCUGGGACAGUGGACCACUGGAAGUUUGAUGGCCUGAUUGCGCAAGGCAUGGACAUGGCCCUGAGAGGUGCCGUCAACUGCACGAUGGGCAGGCCUCAUGGCCCAACCAUGUUUUGUCAGACGACCUUGCACAGAGCUGCAGAAGAGGGUAACGUGACCCUGGCGAGAGCUGUCUUAUCGCUGGGGGCUGCCACAGACACAAGGGGUCGCAGCGGCGCAACGGCACUGUUCCAGGCCUGCUUCAAAGGGCACGUCCAGGUUGCUCUUGAGCUCCUUCGACGGGGGGCAGAUGCCUGGAAAGGGAACAAAAAUGAGGAGACGCCACUGUACAUUGCGGCCCUCAGGGGACACGCUGAGGUUGUCGACUUGUUGCUGUCUUAUUUCGAGUGUCAUGGGAUCGACUGGAUCGACAGCAGGUCUUAUGGUGAUGGCUGGACCCCCCUGCAAGCUGCUGCUGUUGCUGAUAGAUGCAGUGUGGCCAGAUGCCUCCUGCUUGCUGCUGCCCAUAGAGGCGAGGCCAUGUGCUGCAUGACAAACAAACAUGGCCAGACGGCACUGCACGUUGCUGCUCGGCGGGGCUGCAUGCCCAUGGUGAAGGCUCUCUGCCAAGUGGGGGGAGGAGCCCUUGUGGUGAAGAAGGACCAAUUCAAAAGGACAGCUGUUGAUGUGGCAUACAAGCACAGCCACCAUGCAGUUGCCAAAUUUAUUGCUAGUGCCACAUCAUGUCGCCCAGCUGCGCUCAGCGCCGGUGGAUAUGGGUGUCGAUGGGAGAUGUGGAGGCGCUCUGGCAAGUCUGAACUAGGACAUCUGCACAUGCCUGAUGCCCUGGAUGGGGGUGAUUAUCACUUGCAGGCAGCGUGCGCAAUCCCCAUUGCCAAGACAACGAAUCCGAAAUAG